AUGACCGCCAGGCUAGAUCUUGCAAUGCAACUGGAUGAGUGGUGCCAAAACCUCGAUCACUCGAUGCAAGUUCUGCACCACUUCAACACCAUAGCGUGGCCGCCGGAAACACUGGAUUCGAUGCGCUGGAGCAUCAUUCUCUCCAUACAUUACUACUUCACUUUCCUCCUGAUCAAUGCUCCUGUCUUAACAAUAGCUCUGGCCGAAUCCAAAAAGCACUGGCCAUUGGAUGCUCCAUCUUCGACGUUCCAGGAUGCCACCAAACACGUUCUACGGAGCGACUUCGAGGCUGCCAAGAAGCUACAAACCCUCAUCCACGGAUUGCAUUCAUUCGGGGGACCUUUCAUCGACAGUAACGCCAUUUGGUUCCUUUGCAACUAUUCUACAUUUACGAUUUCACUCCACGCCUUCGGCCUUUUACUGUAUCUUACAAGUCUAAAGCACAGUGCAGCUGGAGUCGACCUCAGUACUGAAGAGGUUAGAAAAUUGCUAAAUGACAGCCUUGAGAGUCUCCGGCUCGUCGGACGCACUAGCCUGAUGAGCCAAAAAGCUCGCAAGUGUCUGUUGCGUUUUUUGGACUUUUUCGACUCGAUGACUUUCGAAGAGGAUGUUUUCAACCAGCAGACAAGGCCGAGUAACUUCUCGGGCGAUGACAUGAACAUGGGGUCAGGGAGUCUCACGUUGCCUGUCGAAGAGCACCUGCCUGAUUUUGACUUUUCCCAAUUCAUCACUGAUGCGGCUGACGAGUUUCUUUUCCAAUGA